CCUCCACCGGAAGUCAGAACGUUUCCAUCCGGCACCGGAAGAGUGAGCUUGGGGUUUCUCCCAGUCUUUCGACCACUUCCCAGUUUCCUCUCCUGUGGUCGUCUUUUGGAACAAAUGUCUUCUAUAAAAAGAAGUCCAAAGCAAGAAAUAAUUUCCCAGUUUCACUGUUCAGCUGCAGAAGGAGAUCUUGCCCGGUUAACAGUAACACUCAGUCUUUCCCCAUCUCUUCUCAAUGAAACUUCUGAAAAUGGCUGGACUGCUUUAAUGUAUGCUGCAAGGAAUGGACACCCAGAUGUUGUCCAAUUUCUACUUGAAAAGGGGUGCGACAGAUCCAUUGUCAACAAAUCAAGGCAGACUGCACUGGAUAUUGCUAAAUUUUGGGGUUAUAGACAUGUAGCUAACUUGCUAGCUAAUGCUAAAGGUGGGAAGAAGCCAUGGUUCCUAAACAAUGAAGUGGAUGAAUGUGAAAAUUAUUUUAGCAGAACACUACUGGACCGGAAAAGUGAAAAAAGAAAUAACUCUGACUGGCUACUAGCUAAAGAAAGCCAUCCAGCCACAGUUUACAUCCUUUUCUCAGACUUAAAUCCCUUGGUUACUCUAGGCGGCAAUAAAGAAAGUUCCCAGCAGCCAGAAGUCAGGCUUUGUCAGCUCAACUACACAGAUAUAAAAGAUUAUUUGACUCAGCGUGAGAAGAUCACCUUGAUUUUCCUUGGAGUAGAAUUUGAAAUGAAAAAAGAGUUACUUGAUUUUGCUGGGGAAGUCCCAAGAGAAGAAGAAGAUGGGCUGGUUGCCUGGUUUGCUGUGGGUAUAGAUCCUGUUGCUGCUGAAGAAUUUAAGCAAAGGCAUGAAAAUUGUUAUUUUCUUCAUCCUCCAAUGCCAGCUCUUCUGCAGUUGAAAGAAAAAGAAGCUGGUGUUGUAGCUCAAGCACGAUCAGUUCUUGCCUGGCACAGUCGAUAUAAGUUCUGCCCAACCUGUGGAAGUGCAACUAAAAUUGAAGAAGGUGGCUAUAAAAGAGUGUGCUUAAGAGAACACUGUCCUAGCCUCCAAGGCGUUCACAAUACAUCCUACCCGAGAGUGGAUCCAGUAGUAAUCAUGCAAGUUAUUCAUCCAGAUGGGACCAAAUGUCUUUUAGGCAGGCAGAAAAGAUUUCCCCCAGGCAUGUUUACCUGCCUUGCUGGAUUUAUUGAACCUGCUGUGGCAGUGUCUACAGAAAUUAAAGUUGACAAGAAUGAAAUAGAGGACGCCCGCUGGUUCACUAGAGAACAGGUGAACCUCAGCCUGCUAAUCAAGCAUGCCAAGAAAAUGUAA